CAACAAAGCAAGACGAGGAGCGAGAGAGAGAGGUGUUUCAUCCGUGAUUUUGGCGAAAUUCAAUUUUAUUGAGGCACCUCAAGCGACAACAAGAACGGUGUCACGCGUGACCUGGUGCGAGAAAUAAGUGAGUGGGCCCCCUGUGUGUGCUUGGUGAUUGGGUUUUUCGGGAAACGGGAUUUAGGUGAAAAUUUCAUCUGGAAAUCAACCAAAAUCAGCCCCGUCUUUCGCAAAGUGGCGCUCGCUUGGUGUUGGUAAAAGCGAAAAUUCUGUGCCCGUGUGUAUGCGUGUUUACAUCGCUCGUUGAUGCUGCUCCCGUGAAAUUAUGGGCCAAAAGUGAUCCCGAGCCCUCGCCAACAACGACGACGACGACGACGGAUUUCUUCUGCUCUGCCUCUCGCAGUAAUCAAGGAAUUCCCUUUCUUUUCUCCCUCCCUUUCGCGUGCCCAGCAUCUUGUGUCUCGGUGCGGAGUUCGAUAUCCCCUAGGAACGGGGGGUGGUGGUGCUGGGAGUGGAGGGUCGUUCGGUUGUGUGUUUUGAAAAGUGCGACCUCGCGGUGAAGGUGAAAAAUUUCCAGUGAUUUACUACCACAAAUCGAUGAUGGUUGCUGUGAUUUGAUGGAGUAGCAGCGUGUGUGUCGUUAAACCGUCGUUGCAUAGGUCAUGUAAAAGUGCUCCAAGGAUGGCCGGGAAAGUGGUGUCGUUGGUGUGAAAAUUGUGACGGGUUUUACUGCUGGGUGCUGCAGAUGGAAAUCCUGGUGUCUGUCGGUCGGUCGAUGGCUUCCUGAUGAGGUUCGAAGAGCAACUUCCCCGCCAACGGCCCUCUUCGUAGUGUUCUGGUUCUCUGUGCGCGCUGUGACUGUUUUCUCGGGGCCCCGGGCACUUGAAUGUGAAAAUUUCCUCAUCCACUCGGUCGUAACUUGCUUGCUGCUUUUAUUUCUUAGCAACAGUAGCAGCAGAGUGCAUUUUGCUUCCGCGCGGAAGCUGAACGAAAUCCUCGGUGUGUCGAUUCCUGCUGCAAUCCGUACAACCAAACGGUGAACGGCGAAGAAGAAGAAGAAGAAGAAGAAGAAGAAGAAGAAGAAGAAGAAGAAGAAGAAGAAGGAGGAGGAGUUCCAGCCGAUUAGCGCAAGGAACCGUUCCGUUCCUCGUACCGCUUCACUGGAGAGCUUGAGUGAAACGAGAGCGAGUAGAGAGAGAGAGAGAGAAAGAGAGAGAGAAAGGACGUUCUCCUCCACCUCGUUCGAAGGAUUAGGAAGAAGGAAACACUCCAUCUCUGCGACUGCCGCACCCGUCUACCAGGACCCCAAACCCCCGGGGGGAAGGAAGGAUGUCGUCGAAAAACAUACCCGCUGAUAAGGUGAGUGUAUCCGUUACGAUAGCAGCUGACAUAGCACCGGCACCAGCGGCGAGGCAUCACCAGCACCAGGUACGCUCUUGACAGGAAGAGGAAUGCAUCGAGAGACUACACGCGGCGAGUUUGGGAUAUGCGGUGCGCACACAGCGAUAGGACGACGGGAACAAUCCAACCGUUCUCCUGCCGCUCAGGUGAAGGCUUCGGUUUGCAGAAGUGAAGUGCAGACAGCGUCAGAAAGAGUGAGAGAGCGAGAAGGAUAGACAGAGAGUGUGUGUCAUCAUACUGUGUGGUGCACUGUUUGCAGACUGUUAUCCUUUCAACCGGAAUCAAUCCCCCAGUGAACGUGUCCGCGUGCGCGUGCGAUGUGUGUGCGUGUUUAGCUGCAGCUUCCAAUUUGCCCGGUUUGCCGGAAGCUGCAGCAGCACCAUCAGGUUUUGCCAAGCGGCAAGUUGCAACACCAAUUAAAGCCCUGCGCCGCCGCCAUCUCUUUGUCGUCGUCGUCGUUGUUUCAGCAAUUCGCUGCUCGUCAGCAGCAGCAGCAGCAGCAGCAUGAGCAUCAGCAUGAGCAUGAGUGGGCCACAAAUCGUGUACCUAAUUAUGCGUACAAAUGGCAUAAAGCCGUAAGUACGGCAACGACCAUCAUCGAGGCUUUGCAGAUGGAGGUGUGAAACAUGCAAUCAAUGGUUAUAUUGGCAGUUAGGCAAAAGCCCAAUCAACUCCGGCUUUACUCACUGCUACUAUUGGCUAAAAAGCAGGUGGACCUGGAGCAUCGCAAUCAGCAACACAAUGACAUACAUGCCCUACGAGCGGGCAGUGGCCAGAAGGAAUUGCUCUACGAAGAAAAUCGUUUAUCGAUUCGCGUUCGAACGGUUAAACACUUUGUUUGGCCCACUGAACGCACUUCUGGGGCAAUGUACGACGAGUUUUUUUUUUGCCUCGCCAGUAGAACCGCUACUCACUCACCGUUGUCGAAGAAGCUGAAGAAAUAAUCAACGGAAUUGUUGGACACCAGCCUGUCAAAAGCAAUCGCGAUCAGGCCGCCGUGCCGAAUGGCAAUUCGAAUGGGAACGCGCAGCAGAGUUGCAAUCGUCGUUGUCGUCAUCGCCAUCGUCGUCGCCGCCUGCUAUCUGUAACAAAUCUAAUC